AAGUAGCAUUAUUGAAUUAUAUACCCAUUUUGAUGAUACAUACAAUAUAGAUUAUGAAUUUCAAGAAAGAGAGUAUAUAAUGCUUUGUGCUACAGGAUGUACGAAUAUUACUCCAUAUAACAAAAAUAUUUCUUGUAAGGAGUUUUGGACGAAUACAUCUGAACCUGAAAAAGAUCAUGAAACAAUUGCCAAAUUAUAUGCAGAAGAACUUUUGUAUGUAACUUCACCAACUUGUGCAUUAUGGGAUUGUUUUCGUAAUAGUUAUAAUACAAAUUCCAAAGAAAUAGAUGGUAAAAUACACAUAUUAUUAAUAAUUGCAGAAAAAUUUACAUAUAAGGAGAUAAUUGAAGAGUUAAAGAUUUCACCUAAUUCAGUUAAUGCAGCACAAAAACAUUCCAG